UUGCUCCCCCCCAUCCCUCCUCUCCACCCACCCCUUCCCCCUUUUCGCCUUGUCGGGUGUGUUUUUUGCCUGUUGGAAAAGUCCCCGCUGCCCAGGAUGGGGGUCGGUGGGUGCUUGGCCCUGCCCUGGAGGUGCCUGGUCGUCCUCUGUCUCAGGCUGCUCUUCCUUGUGCCCGCAGGAGUGCCCGUGCGCAGCGGAGAUGCCACCUUCCCCAAAGCCAUGGACAACGUGACAGUGCGGCAAGGGGAGAGCGCCACGCUCAGGUGCACCGUGGACAACCGGGUGACCCGAGUGGCCUGGCUGAACCGCAGCAGCAUCCUCUAUGCUGGCAAUGACAAGUGGUGCUUGGACCCUCGGGUGGUGCUCCUGGCCAACACCAAAACCCAGUACAGCAUCCAGAUCCACGAUGUGGAUGUGUACGAUGAGGGCCCCUACACCUGCUCCGUGCAGACAGACAAUCACCCCAAGACAUCGCGUGUCCAUCUCAUCGUGCAAGUGUCUCCAAAAAUCAUCGAUAUCUCUUCUGACAUCUCCAUCAACGAGGGUGGCAACGUCAGCCUCACCUGCAUAGCCACGGGCAGGCCAGACCCAACAAUUACCUGGAGACACAUCUCACCCAAAGCCGUGGGCUUCAUCAGCGAGGACGAGUACCUGGAGAUCACGGGGAUCACGCGGGAGCAGUCGGGAGAGUACGAGUGCAGCGCCUCCAACGACGUCUCAGCGCCCGUCGUCCAGCGAGUCAAAGUCACCGUCAACUACCCGCCGUACAUCUCGGAUGCGAAGAGCACCGGGGUGCCGGUGGGGCAGAAGGGCAUCCUGCUCUGCGAAGCCUCCGCUGUGCCCUCAGCUGAGUUCCAGUGGUACAAAGAUGACAAGAGACUGGCUGAAGGACAGAAAGGGCUGAAAGUGGAGAACAAAGCCUUCUUCUCCAGACUGACUUUCUUCAACGUCUCCGAGCAGGACUACGGCAACUACACCUGUGUAGCCUCCAACCAGCUAGGGAACACCAAUGCCAGCAUGAUCCUCUACGAAGAGACAACUACUGCUCUGACACCCUGGAAAGGCCCUGGGGCAGUGCACGACGGGAACAGCGGCGCGUGGCGGCGAAGCGGCUCCGCGUGGCUGCUGCUCCUCCCGCUUGCCCACCUCGCCCGCCAGUUUUGACACCAGAGCCGGCCCGCGGAGUAGCGGCGGCGACGACCACGGCCAGCGAGCGCAAGCAGAAAGGAGAGGAAGAAAAGAAGACGAAGAAGAAGAAGAAGUGUUCACCGUUUCCGAAAAUAAUCAUAAGAAUUGAGAGAGUAUCCGGCCAGGCCACCUGGGGGAGGGGGAGAGAGGAAAAACACGCAAAAAAAAAAAAAUAAUAAAAAACAACACAAUGGGAAUUUGGAAUGGAGAGAAAAGGGAAAAAAUUAAUAAUCCAAGGCUUCCUGCUGAA